AAAAAGCAGGUGAUUUUCGCAUUGUGGAAAUUAUUUUCUAUUUAUUAAAUAAUUCGACAACAAUAGCUGUGUAUUUGCUUAAGUUUUGUUUAUAAGAAACAAUGAAUUUAGAGGAAGAAGUGUUUUUAAAUAUAGAUAAUCAAUUAUUCAAGGUAAAGAAAAAUGUUCUUUGUGAACACAGUGAUUAUUUUCGCGCUAUGUUUAGCGGGAACUACGUUGAAAAAGAGAAACAAGAAAUUAGUAUCGAUGUGGUUGAUGCUGAGUCUAUGAAAUUAAUAUUGAAAUACAUGGAAAUUGGCUUAAUAGAUCUCUCAGAGCAUUCUCUGACUACUGUUGGUGAGCUAGCUGUUGCAGCGAAUUUCUUACAAAUUACGGAGCUAAUAAAACAAAUAGAAUACUGCUUAGAUAUUCAAUUAUCAAUAUCCAAUUGGAUGGAAACUAUGAUGAUAGCAGAACGCUCAUCUUAUGCAAAGCUGGAACAGCUUUCUGCUGCAUUUGGUCUGCUCUCAUUUAAAGCAAUGAAGCCAGAUUACGUUCCGUCAAUUCUAAAACUGUAUUGGUACCUAUCGCACCCAUAUCUAGACGCACGGAAUGAAUUAGACGUUUUUAAAUUUGGUUUAAAAUGGAUUAUAAGCAAUGAGACUGGGGCUGAUGCUUUAAUGAUUGUACUAUGUUGCUUAGAUAUGACAAGACUGACUACGGCUGAAAUAGAAGAAAUGGCAACUCUUGCCACAGAUUAUGCUAAUAGCCUUGGUAAUAAAGUAGUAGACUGUUUAUAUGACUUCUCAUGUAGAGACCUAGAAUUGUCACCACCGAUUGUAACGGAGCAGAAGUCUUACUUACUUGAAAUGUAUUCAGAAAGAGUUUACAAUGAGGUGUUGUCGUUAGUAAAGCAGAGUAGGCCCAGGCAACAUUUUUACACACCGGCAGUUCCCAUAUUGUUAGUAAAAGACUCAAAACCAGAAAUUGCGCCACAUUGUAUGUAUACUUACACUGAAGAAAAGGGUUUUGAGAAGUGGAUUGAGGUGGCGGAGAAGAAUUUGUGGGGUUGGAAUGUUGUUGCCUGGGGUCCAAACAAGCUGGUGGUGGUAUGUGGGGAGCAUGGUAGAGGAACUGGGAUGUUCAUGAAAGCUGUGAAAGUGUACGAUACAUUGCGGAUGGAGUGGACCAAACAUGGAGUUGAGUUGCCACCCAGAAGGCAUGGAGGAGUCGCAGUGGUUGAUGAUUCAUUAUUUAUUGUUGGAGGCGUAGGUGGGUUUAGGGUAGUUUUGGAUACAGGAAUUAUUUAUGAUUUGAAUCGGAGGAGUUAUAGAAAAAUUGCAAAAUUACCAGAUGCAAUUCAGAGCCCUGCUGUAUGUGCGCAUAAAAACACGGCGUACGCAGCAGGCCACAAAAACAUAUACAGAUAUGAGGAGACCGGACUAUCAGAUAGAUGGUUCAGAGUGAUACAAACAGAUAUCAGAAUAAACUGUAUGAUAUCGUUCAAAGAUUAUAUUUAUUGUACCCAAAAUUAUUUCAACCACCUGAACAGGUUUAGGCCUGAUGUAGACUCCAGUUUAGAAUUGAUAACACAGUUUGCGAAUCCUCCUGCUACCAUUUGCAACUUAGGUAAUCGCCUCCUAGUUUUUACAAUGUGGACUACAUGUGGGCAGGCAGAUGUGUUGGCCGUAGAGGAGUUCACCGGCUCUGCAGAUGGACCCAAGGUGAUGUGGUCCCAGACAGACACAGCGAUGAAAGUUAACGACGUAGCCGGUUCCUGCUCUUUAGUCUUGAACAUGCCACCGAUAAGUCUACCGCCUGUUCAGUAUCAUAUACGCUACCUAAAUCAGUAUUCUACUUUUGCGUAAAAUUUUCAAUCGGGACAUUUUAUUCCUUUUUUUACUCCUGUAUAGUCAGCAGAAUUGACAGACAUUUUGAAUGACCCAAGCAAUUUACCUGUAGUUCUAUCUAAAUCUUAAAUAAAUUCACCUCAUUUUUAACUAUCUAUUAA